AAGCACACCCGUAAAUACUAAAUGCAAAUCAAUCACUUAGUUUCCUUUUAUAUAUAUAUUUUUUUUAUUAAUUGGCCAAAAUGGGCAAAAACGGCGUUCUCUCACCGGUCUCGCCACGAACAAACAGGACAAAUAGCUUACGCAUGUUUGAUGAUACUAGCUUCGAUGCGGCGCGUGCACCGGGUGGUAUCCAUUCCCCCAUGCAGGGUCGCUCCGUAAGGGAGUUGGAGGAGCAAAUGUCUGCCCUGCGUAAGGAGAACUUCAAUCUUAAGCUUCGAAUUUACUUUAUGGAGGAGGGUCAGCAUGGCUCACGUGGCGGCAAACCACCUGCCGAUUCGCCGGCUAAACAGUUGAUUGACUCCAAAAUUGAGAUUGAAAUACUGCGCAAGCGGGUCGAUGAAAAGACCGAGCUAUUAAAGGAUGCGGCACGCGCUAUAUCCCAGCACGAGGAAAUGCAAAAGAAGGCGGACAUGGAAAGCCAAGCCCUCAUUGAACAAAUGCAACAGUACAUUCAACAGCUGGAGAGCUCCGUCAAGCAGAAAGCAUCCAAAAGUUCUGUGAAUUCGCUGGAUACUGAGAAGUUAAAAGCUCUCGAAGCUGAGAUUCAAAAUCUAGAGAGCGCCUUGCUCGAAGCAGAUUUGCGGGAGACAGAGGCUAAGCGGCAUCAGGAACUAUUGUCAACAGAGUUAGCUGAAAAGCAGGAGACGCUUGUGGCAUGCGAGGCAAAGAUCGAGGAGCUGGCUAUAAAAAAUGCCAAGCUGCUCGAGGAGCUGGAUAAGCACAACGAUAGCAAUCAGCAAUCGAAUACUCAGUCGCCAGAGCUGCGCGCCCAAUUGGCCGACAAAAUCUGCGAGCUGCAGGAUGCCGAGGAGAAGCUGAAGGAGCGGGAGCGAGUGCACGAGCAAGCCUGCCGCACAAUACAAAAACUAAUGCAAAAACUGAGCAGCCAGGAGAAGGAAAUCAAUCGAUACAAACAAAAGCAGCAACAGAACAAUUCCCUAACGGAGACCUCUUCUCCCGUCAAGCAGCACCAUUCGCUGAGCGAUACCGAGACCUGUAAUGUGGACAUUUCACGCAGCCUCAAGCAGCGCUAUGAGAAGCAAAUUGAGGAUCAGGAUGAGCUAAUCAAGCAGCUGCAGUCGGAGGUUAAGAAGAAGACCGCCAAUUUGCAGAAUCUCGUGAACAAAGAGCUGUGGGAGAAAAAUCGUGAAGUGGAGCGCUUGACCAAAUUGGUCAGCGGUAAACAGCAUUCGCAACAAACCGUGGAGCAUUCAGGCGAUGAUUCCACAGCUGGCACAGAUUUGCAGCAAUCCUUCACAGAGGCUGACUUCGUCAAGGCUGUCAAGCGCAAUCAGCUGCUGCAGCGCAAAGUCGAUGUGCUGUUGCAACGAUUGGAUGGUGCGCAAGAGGAUAGCAAGUUGGUCUCUCAGCUGAAGCACGAGCUGCAGAGCGCUCAGCUGAAUAUGGAGAAUGCCAACAAGUGGCGUCUUGAGUGUGCCGAUGUGUGCAGUGUGUUGACGAACCGAUUGGAGGAACUGGCUGGCUUCCUUAAUUCCCUGCUCAAGCACAAGGAUGUGCUUGGUGUGCUGGCAGCGGAUCGUCGACAUGCUAUGCGACGUGCUGUGGAUCGCAGUCUGGACCUGUCCAAGAGCCUGAACAUGACUUUGUCCAUCACGGGCGUUUCGCUGGCCGAUCAGAGUCUGGCGCAGCUGAGCAAGCUCUCCGAAAUGCUCUACAACAACGAGCCGGAUGAAUGCAAUCAUACGUACAAUUCCCACGAGGAUCUGCAGACAGCCAAGGCGUCCAAAGCCGAAGCACGCAAGGAGCGACGCUCGCUGCCUCUGCCGCAGCAGCAACCGGACAAUCAAAGCGAAUCGGAGGCCUGGUCGGAGCCGGAUCGCAAGGUAUCAUUGGCGCGCAUCGGACUGGAGGAUACGUCGAACAGUGUGGCUGGCGAGAAGCAUCACAGCGAAUCGGAUAGCGAAGGCCACGCCUGUACCACAAACACGAUCAAGCAGGAGCGCCGAAGUGAGCGCAUCGGCCAGCUGGAGGCAUUGAUAGCGCAACGUGAUGAGCGCCUGCUGCAAGCUCAAUGCCAGCUGGUCGAGGCUGACAAUCGCUACAAGCAGGAGCAGCUGCGCGUCAUCGAGUUGAAUCAACAAUUGGAGCAGUUGCGUAUCCAAAACGAUGUGCUUCAUGCAGAUCUGCGCGCAAUAGGCUGCCAAGAGGAACAACAAAUGGAAGAGCUUCAGGCUCUCAUUGAGCAAAAGACGCAGCAGUUGGAGCAGCUGCAAGUGGAGCACAAGAGGCUGCAGGCGGAUGCACAAAUCACAGAACUGGAGCUGCAGGAGGCGCACCAACAAAUCUUGGCAGUGCAAAAAGAAAAUCAAACAAAGCUUGCGGAAUACCAGCUGGAAAUAUCUGAGCGCUUGGAGGCACAGCAGCGUCUGCAACAACAGGAACUGGAGCGCAAUUGGGUAGCCUUGGCCAAAUAUGAGGAGCUGAGGAGUCAGCUGGCCCAGUUACAAAGUUCCCUGGAGUUCUACCAGGACAAUGAGAAGGAGCUGAAGCAGACACUCGUUGAGAACGAGCUGUCAGCUCGUGCACUCAAAAAGGAGCUGGACGAGAGCACGCUGCAAGCCUCAAAGGCCAUCAUGGAGCGCACCAAGGCCUACAAUGACAAACUGCAGCUGGAGCAACGGCUGGAGGAGAUGAGGCUGCAGCUGGUCCAGCUGCAGGAGGAGCAAAAGCACAAGCAAAAGCAAAGGCAAAGGGAUCCCAGCGAUGUCUCACAAUCCGGUUAUACAUCAGAGGAGCUGCCUCAGCGGCAACGAGCAAUGGGACGGCUUAGCAAUCCAUCGCCGGAUCUGGGCAUCGAGAGUGAUACGGGUCGAGUGCACAGUGUGGAGCUGUCGAACGCACAGCAUCCCUUGCUUAAGACCGUGGAGCUGGUCAAUGAUGAUAUACUUGACGAGAAGGAUGCAGAUCUUUCACCCGAUACGGAACCGCCAGCCGGAGAGCUGCCCGUGCCGGUGCACGAUUGCCUAAAGGUAGAGCAAGAAAAUGCCGAAUUGCGGCGCAAAUUAAUACGCACAAAGCGCGCAUUCGAAGACACCUAUGAAAAGUUGCGUGUGGUUAACAAAGCAAAAGCACAAGUCGAAAAGGAUAUUAAAAAUCAAAUACUUAAGACGCACAACGUCCUGCGCAAUGUGCGCUCUAAUAUGGAAAAUGUUUUAUAACAACAAUUGAUUUGAUUGCGAAUUUCAUGCGGGUUCACAAUUAUUUUUUAUUUCUCACGAUUUUCGCAUUUUUAUUUUUCUACUAAUUCCUUGUUUUAAUGUUCUCUUGUAAAUGUCCUGUAAAUAAGGCACGCAAAGCAACGAGUUAUAUAGUACUUGCAUUUUCGAAAGACUGUAUAAUAAUAAUAAUAACAAUAAAAYGGAUAUAUAAUUUUA